AUGUGCGGCGAUCGAUGUAUGCCAAUAUUCGAUACGAUGCCGGCAGGGGAGGAGUCCAACAUGAUGAUGUACCUGGCCGUCGUCGAGAACGAAGUCUCGAAGCUCCUGAAGAUCUACGACGCCAUCCGGGACGAAGACGACGCCGAGACCACCAGGCCCGUCCGUCCCGCCGGGGCGUCCACGAACUUCCAGAUCAAGUUGCCCAGCACGGUCGAGGACUACUCCGAGGACGAGGACGACGACGACGAGGACGACCAGCGGCCCUUCACGCGCGACGAGCUCAAGAUCAAGGAGGGGGGACGAAAAAGCAGCAAGAAGCACGAAGAAACAAGAAGUCGCGCAACAUGA